GCAACCACAAGUCUCUUCUCCAAGUCCAUGAUUUUCUUUUCUGAGGUUGCCAUUGCUUUAAAGUGCCAUUUAUUUUCAGGUAAUUGAUAAUAUCCCCAAAUUAGGUCACACAUACAUCUGCAAAGGUUGCUAUUUAAUGUACUCAGCUCUCAAUUUGACUUUCUCAAGUUCAUUUUUUAAAUUACUAUUGAAAAUGGGAAUGGGAUAACUGGAAAGGUGUUCUUCUAAUCAUUGGGAAAAUCCCCUGCAGUGAACAUCAGAGUGUACUUCUGAAAUGAGCAAAGUUGUCUCAAAGUGGUGGAAAUAAGGGGGGGAAGGAGGAGAUCCACAUAUUCUUUAGAAGUGGUGGCAGUGCACUGCAAAAAAAAAAAAUUCCUCAAAAUGUUUAACUCUGGAGUUUAUCUGAUUGAGUAGGGAAAGAACCCACUGGAUUUGUUAAGGGGAAGAUAGACCUGAAUUGGCAGGAAUAAUCAAUCUCUUGAGACCAGGUAGAGGAAAAGGUUGCAUCCGAGUCUGUGGAACACCCUCAAAUACCUAUGAAGACUAGUCAUAAAGAAAAUGAAUCGUUUCCGUUGAUCCUGGCCCUCGGGAAAGAGGGAAUGUUCUUUGGAAAGUGCUAGUGUAAUGGGAGGCUGAGAGUCACUUUUAUUUAUAUAUAUUUUUACCCCUCUAGUCAGCAGAAAGAAUGAGUUGAUAGCUGAAAAUUCAAACAGUUUUCAGUGAGAACCUUUCUGCUGUUCUGGUUUUUGCAUCCAGCCAAGAGGAAAAUGCUAUUUUCCAGCCUUUGUGUUGGUGUUGAUGGGUUCUUAGGAGACUUCUUGAAGGAAAGAAGGUGGAAGAGGCAGAUAGGACACUUCUAAGAAAAAAGCUUAAAUAUUGGCUGCCUUCCAGGCAUAGGUAAUCUUGGAAAGGGAUUGUCAACCAGCCUCUACACAGAAACAUUUUACUGGAGGUCACUGUCAAUUCUUUUUUUUGAAGGGCUGGUAAUAAGUGUGUUCUUAAUUUACAUAUAUACCUUUUCCUCAUUUUUGUUUGGGCUUAUCUCAGUUGUUUCACUCCAAUUCUUCUGCCUUUUAUUCUGAAUUGAAAUGAAAAAUGGAAUGUAUAAAACACUGCAAGAAAGUUCCGUAAACGUUCUUCAUUCUGAAGCCUGACAGUGAUUAUUAUUAAGGGAUUACAGGAAAAUCUUACAGUGUAAUUUAGGGAUUCUCAAUUUAUUCACAGACUUUUCUUCUCUCUCUACCUUGCUUAGCAAAGACAUGUUCUAUCUUUCUGAUAAAAUCUAAAACUUCACUUAUUGUCUUGUGUACUGUUCCAGCAAUAUCCUAUUUCAUGUACAUAGUAAUAAUAAGGUAACUACAAUAAUAAUGAGAGCAGACAUUGAGUAGAUGCAUAGUAUUGCACUAAGCAUUGGACACAUUAUUGGAUUUAUUCCUUACAACUCUGCAUUGUAAGAAAUGAUUAUUAUUAUUAGCCUGUUUUACAGAUGAGGAAAUAGAGACAGUAAGUAAAUUACUUGAGCACCACAAUGAAGAAGUGGUGAACCAACAGAAGCUUCCAGGCCUGGAAAUUAAAUUGUAGCAUUAUUUAUCCAUUUCUUAGAAGGGGCCAGCGAGUUGCUGGACAAAAUAUAGAACACUCAGUUAAAUUUGCAUUCCAGUGACACAAUGAAUGAUUUCUAGGGUGUGUCUCACAUAUUGCAUCUGGACAUCCUGUAAUUUUAUUUGCUAGAUCUGGCAACACUAAGAAUACUUGACUAUAGGCAGAAUCAUUUUUGAGCCAGAAAGUUCAUUCGAGGCAUCUCCCUCCAGUGUCACAGUACACAGAUAAGGAUAGACUCAGGAGUCUUAAGAUUUUCUUGUUCCUGUGACUGCUGACAAAGUGAGGUUUAGGACUUGGCCAUGCUGCCUUUGAAGUAACCCCUCAGCACUUUUCCAUUUGACUACCAGGUAAGAUUUCCCCUGUUCUUUCUAAGGGUAUUUAUCCCUGGCCUAUUUUCUGAAUUAUUGUCUGCAAAGCAAGUCUUUGCAAACACUCUGCUGAUAACAACAUGAGGAAAGGUGGAGGCAGGGCAGGAGAAAGCAGCAAGUAAAAAGUUCCUGACUGCUCCUGUGUGCUGGCAACAUAUAGCAUUCUUUCCGUGUGGUGUCUCCUUUGGUAGAAACAAAAGGCAUGAGUAUAGUGGCAUAUAUUAAAUAGCUACUUGUCCUUGUAGUGUUUCUUUUAAGACUUUGGCCAGGGGGUUAGGGGGUGGUGUUUCCUAUUUGAAUGACUACUCGUGUUAUCAGAGAAUGAAUACAUAGGAAUGCAUUUUAUAAAGCAGUCAUCCUUUGAGCAGAUAGUAAAUUAAAAUGUUGUAUAAUUCACUGGAGUUCAAUAUUGGGUCAUUUUCUUCAAAGAAGAGAGAGGUAUUAAUUAGUCUGUUGCUUGGAGGCUUCAUUAUAUAUGCUUCAUUCCCUUUGCUGUUGUAACAAACAGUUCCUGGGCACUGGGGCCCGGACUGAUUAACUUGCAGAGCUGCCUCUUGAUAGUUUUCCUUCUAACAGACCCUGUUAAAUAGGGGAGAACAGGGUGGAGGAGUAGGAAAAAGAAAAAAAAAAAGGGCUCUUUUUAUCAUGUGAGAAAGCAAAGAAAUACAACACCUCAGCAAACAAAAGUGAAAUAAACUGCUCAAGCUGUCCGUCUUCGCCGUGGGGUUCCUUUAGGCUGAAAAUCAAAUGCAGUCGGAGUUGUAAACAGCUUCGAAAGCUUCUUGAGGUCCCGUCUGUGGAAAAGGAAAGAUUCCUCUGCUGACACUGGAAAAUGAAGGUGGUGUUUGCAUUGCUCAAUCACAGAAAAUCCCACGUGAACCAAGACCUGGAGAAUUUGAAAAAAUUAUCAAGCGCCUGCUAGAAACACCUAAUGCUCGGGCAGUGAUUAUGUUUGCCAAUGAAGAUGACAUCAGGAGGAUAUUGGAAGCAGCAAAAAAAUUAAACCAAAGUGGGCAUUUUCUCUGGAUCGGCUCAGAUAGCUGGGGCUCCAAAAUAGCACCCGUUUAUCAGCAGGAGGAGAUUGCAGAAGGGGCUGUGACAAUUUUGCCCAAAAGAGCAUCAAUUGAUGGAUUUGAUCGAUACUUUAGAAGCCGAACUCUUGCCAAUAAUCGACGAAAUGUAUGGUUUGCAGAAUUCUGGGAGGAGAAUUUUGGAUGCAAGUUAGGAUCACAUGGAAAAAGGAACAGUCAUAUAAAGAAAUGCACAGGGCUGGAGCGAAUUGCACGGGAUUCAUCUUACGAACAGGAAGGAAAGGUCCAAUUUGUAAUUGACGCCGUGUACUCCAUGGCUUAUGCCCUGCAUAAUAUGCACAAGGAUCUCUGCCCUGGAUACAUUGGCCUUUGCCCACGAAUGAGUACCAUUGAUGGGAAAGAGCUACUUGGUUAUAUUCGGGCUGUAAAUUUUAACGGCAGUGCAGGGACACCCGUCACUUUUAAUGAAAAUGGAGAUGCUCCCGGCCGUUACGAUAUCUUCCAGUAUCAAAUAACCAACAAAAGUACAGAGUACAAAAUCAUUGGGCACUGGACCAACCAGCUUCAUCUAAAAGUGGAAGACAUGCAGUGGGCGAAUAGAGAGCACACUCACCCGGCGUCCGUUUGCAGCCUGCCCUGUAAGCCUGGGGAGAGGAAGAAAACGGUGAAAGGGGUCCCUUGCUGCUGGCACUGCGAGCGCUGCGAGGGUUACAACUACCAAGUGGAUGAGCUCUCCUGUGAACUCUGCCCUUUAGAUCAGAGACCGAACAUCAACCGCACAGGCUGCCAGCUGAUUCCCAUCAUCAAACUCGAGUGGCAUUCUCCCUGGGCUGUGGUACCCGUGUUCGUUGCCAUCCUGGGAAUCAUCGCCACGACCUUUGUGAUUGUGACUUUUGUCCGCUAUAACGACACACCUAUUGUGAGGGCUUCGGGACGUGAACUUAGUUACGUGCUUCUCAUGGGGAUUUUUCUCUGCUACUCCAUCACCUUUUUAAUGAUUGCAGCACCGGACACAAUCAUCUGCUCCUUCCGACGGAUCUUCCUGGGACUUGGCAUGUGUUUCAGCUAUGCAGCCCUUCUUACCAAAACAAACCGAAUUCACCGAAUAUUUGAGCAGGGGAAGAAAUCGGUCACAGCACCCAAGUUUAUCAGUCCAGCAUCCCAGCUGGUGAUCACCUUCAGUCUCAUCUCCAUCCAGCUCCUGGGAGUGUGUGUCUGGUUUGUUGUGGACCCCCCGCACAUCAUUAUUGACUAUGGGGAACAGCGGACUCUAGACCCCGAGAACGCCAGGGGCGUGCUCAAGUGUGACAUUUCCGAUCUCUCGCUCAUUUGUUCACUGGGGUACAGUAUCCUCUUGAUGGUCACUUGUACUGUUUAUGCCAUUAAAACAAGAGGAGUUCCAGAGACUUUCAACGAAGCCAAACCUAUUGGAUUUACCAUGUACACCACCUGCAUCAUUUGGUUAGCUUUCAUUCCCAUCUUUUUUGGUACAGCUCAGUCAGCAGAAAAGAUGUACAUCCAGACAACAACACUUACUGUCUCCAUGAGUUUAAGUGCUUCGGUGUCUCUGGGCAUGCUCUAUAUGCCCAAGGUUUAUAUUAUAAUUUUUCAUCCAGAACAGAAUGUUCAAAAACGCAAGAGGAGCUUCAAGGCUGUGGUGACCGCUGCCACCAUGCAAAGCAAACUGAUCCAAAAGGGAAAUGACAGACCAAAUGGCGAAGUGAAAAGUGAACUCUGUGAGAGUCUUGAAACCAACAGUAAGUCAUCCGUAGACUUUCCGAUGGUCAAGAGCGGGAGCACUUCCUGAUAGAUCUUCCUCUACCAAGACGACAUAUAUCAGCUACAGCAAUCAUUCAAUCUGAAACAGGGAAAAGAUACAAUAUGGAGAAACGUGGUAGGCGAUGGUAAACCAUGAACAUGACACCGCCAACACUUACUCCUGGAGAUCUCUGUAGACUACAAUCAAUCAAAUCAAUAGUCAAUCUUGUAAGGAACAAACAGUAGCCACAUGCCAAAAGUAUCAAUAACAGGGAGUGAAUAAACCCAUUUUAUACAACACAACCAAUGAGUGUCAAGCUAAAGUAUUGCUUACUCAAGAGCAGUUAAAAAAAAAAAAUCACAAAAGGAAAACUAAUGUUAGCUUGUGAAAAAAAAUGCUGUUGAAAUAAACCAUGUCUGAUGUUAUUCUUGUAUUUUUCUGUGAUUGUGAGAACUCCCAUUCCUGUCCCACCUUGUUCAACUUGUAUAAGACAAUGAGUCUGUUUCUUGUAAUGGCUGACCGGAUUGAAGCCCUGGGUUGUGCUAAAAAUAAAUGCAAUGGUUGACGCAUGCAAUUUUUUAUACAAAUAAUUUAUUUCUAAUAAUAAAGGAAUGUUUUGCAAAU